AUGCGCUUCACCUUAGUAGGUCUACUGCUUGCUGCAGCCUCGGCGGUGCUCGCAGCCGCAGCUCCUGCCCCCAACAACGUCACAAUCCAGCGCGCCGACGACUACGUGGACAAAGGUCUCGCGGAGGGACUCGCCUUCCUUCAGUCGUAUGGCCGGGAAGAGUUGGAAGCAGUUGAGGCCGUGGCCGAGGGUGGGCCGAAAAUCGUGUGUCACAACACGGACGGGAAAGACGCUCUCGGCGGCAAGUGCAAGUACCCAUUCGCCAAGGAUAUGUACUGGAUCGCUGCCCAAACCUGGUGCAGCCAGUUCUUCAACAAGAUGACCGUGCCGACCGGACAGUCGUUUCCUACCAAGCUCAUUGCCUUUAACUGCGGAACGGACCCUGUAGACAACGCCGGCAAGAAGUGCGACUUUCUCGGCAACAUCCGCAUGGACAGGGAUGCCGGGCGCGGGGGCGAACCGGAUGGCUGGAACUACAUUGAUCAGAAUCGGUGCAUGGCCUACAUCCAGAAUAUCUGGGGCAAGUGCGGUGGUUACGGCGGCUAUCAGAACACGGAAUGGGGCACAAUGUUUAUGAUGUGUACCAACUGA